GUACCGGAGGGAUGUCGCUGCUGCGGUCGCUGCGCUUCUUCCCGGUCGCUUGCACCGGCCGCUCGGCGAGGGCUGUCCCGCUUCAGCCAUUCCAACCAUGGCACGCGUUUCACGCGGGCCCCUGGUUGUCAUCUGCCUCCAGCAAGGAGCUCCUCAUGAAGCUGCGGCGGAAAACGGGCUACUCCUUUGUCAACUGCAAGAAGGCUCUGGAGACUUGUGAUGGUGAUCUCAGACAGGCAGAGGACUGGCUGCACAAACAGGCCAAGAAGGAAGGAUGGAGCAAAGCCACCAAACUCCACGGGAGGAAGACCAAAGAAGGCUUGAUUGGACUCCUGCAGGAGGGAAACACAGCUGUUUUAGUAGAGGUAAACUGUGAGACAGAUUUCGUCUCCAGAAAUUUAAAAUUUCAACAGUUGGUCCAGCAAGUAGCCCUGGGAACCAUGGCUCACUGUCAGAACCUGACGGAUCAGCUCUCCACGUACAGUAAGGGCUUCCUCAACUCCUCUGAGCUCUCCGCCCUUGCAGCUGGGCCCGACAGGGAAGGCUCUCUCAAGGAUCAGCUGGCCUUAGCGAUAGGGAACCUGGGAGAGAACAUGACUCUGAAGCGAGCUGCCUGGGUGAAGGUGCCCUCGGGGUUCUAUGUCGGCUCUUACGUGCACGGAGCGAUGCAGAGCCCCUCCCUCCAGAACCUGGAGCUGGGGAAGUAUGGGGCCCUGGUCGUCUGCGAGACCCCUGAGCAGAUCUCAAACCUGGAGGAGGUUGGCCGCCGCUUGGGGCAGCACGUGGUGGGCAUGGCCCCUCUCUCUGUGGGCUCCCUGGAUGAUGAGCCCGGAGGGGAGACAGAGACCAGGAUGCUGCCCCAGCCGUACCUCCUGGAUCCUUCCAUUACACUGGGACAGUACGUGCAGCCCCAGGGCGUGACCGUAGUGGACUUUGUGCGCUUCGAAUGUGGAGAAAGUGAACAGGGAGCUGAGGCUGAAUAGGUUUUUGGCCUAAAUGGAAAUAUUUAAUUUUUACAUCUGGAUCCCUUAUAAGGAGUUAUUUUCUAAACCUCUUCAACCCUCAAAUUUGUUUCUUUUUCUUCUAAGAUGAAGUGAUAUAUCAUGGGUAAAGUUAUUAAAUGGCAAUGUAAUAAAGCAAACUUUCUCAUUUGCACAA